AUGUGGCAGCUCAAGAUGGAGGACAUUCUUGUUCAAGACGGAGUUGAUCUAGCGAUUCACGGAAUCGAGAACAAACCAGAAGAUGUCAAGGAUGCGGAUUUCGCCGAUAUGGAUAAGAAGGCCAGAUCCAGCAUAAUCUUAAACCUCUCCGAUGAGGGAUCUACUGUUACAGGUGCUGCUGCUGUUUCUACAUCAACUUUGUCUGACUCUGAUUUUACCAAAUUAUGGCACAUGAGAUUGGGGCACAUGAGCGAGAAAGGCUUAUCUAUUUUAUGCAAACGAGGUCUUCUUGGUAGUCAAAGUAUUGGAAAGAUGGGACUCUGUGAACAUUGCAUUUUUGGAAAGCAGAAGAGAGUUAGCUUCCAGUUGCCGGCAGUUCACAGGACAAAAGGAACUUUGGACUACAUUCAUUCAGACCUCUGGGGGCCUUCUCGUGCUUCUUCUAAAGGUGGUGCCAGGAGUCUUCCAGUCCUUGUACUACUGAUAGUACACAGAAGCAGGUGGAGCUUGAUAUUGGCAGUUCUGGUCCUUCUCAGACCAAAUCUUCUAUUCAACAAAUGCCAGUAG